CGGUUAGCAGCCCCUAGCGAGUCGGGGACGCCUAUGAAGCGGCAACCCCUUAGCGUUCAGUGGUACCGCAUCCUCCGUAGCAGGCGUUACGCGCGCGUACCAUUACAUUCCGUCCGAGGUUCUUCGUGUAUACUUUUCUAUCUUUCGGAAAGUGUCAUUGAGUCUGUCACACCGUCUCUAGCCUCGAACUGUCAAGAAUUCUGUUCGCCGAAUCCAAAACCGGUAGUCGAGUUCUUUUCGCCAUCCAUGGUAGCUAUGCAACUUGUUCCGUGAAUUUGAUGUUCGUCCGUUUCUAUGCGAUUUCGUGUGUUUUCUCUGAUUCGCGGUUAUCCGUACUGUGUCACUCGUAAAUCGACAGUUUGUUCUGUAUAUAAGUUCCGUAUUCGGAGACGAGACGCUUGCGACAUUACGACUGGGAUGAAUUUGUCCGUACCCUAUCUGGAUAAAGAGAUGCAAGUACAAUGUUUCGACUGGAAAUCUUUCGAGUUCAUCCUGCAAUAACGUGGUUAUGGUGGAAUGAAAGAAGAAGAAUGCAGCACGGCAGAGGAGGCUAGAUGAGCAUCAAUUUUCAGAGAGGUGCACGUGCAGAUUACCCAGAAGUUAUAUAUAAGGCACAAACUCGUACAUAUCUGAGAGAGAGCGGAAGUGGAAAACGCGUGCGUGAAAGAAUACGCGGUCCAUAUCUGGCCCGCCAUUUUGGCGGCAUGGUCCUUUGGGCCACUAUACUAUUCCUACAAGGAGCUGGUUUUGUAGGAUCGGUGACAGGUAUUCCCGGUGUUCCGGAAAAUAUAACGGUGAUGUUCCUGAAUCCGACGUCUGUCCGCGUUUCUUGGAGCACCAGCCAGGUCGAACAAGUUGAAAAAUACGACGUCAUGUACAAGCCAACCGAUGCGAGGAAAUACAGUGACAGUUACAGGGUGGUGACGGAGGUCGCAGGAAAUAGUGAAGCUGUUACAUUGAGCGGUCUCAGAGCUGAUACACAGUAUCAACUUGUCGUCACUGCUGUGAGAGCCGGCAAAAGAUUUCGAAGUCGACCAAUCGUCUUCCGUACACUUGAGCCACCACGAACAUCCUUUCCCCCGGAACAAGCGAUAACAGGCGGUCCCCUUCCACCUCCUCCACCCUCUUCUCAACAACCACAACCUUACAUACAAGUCCGUGGCGUAGAAGUGGGGAUCGUGGUGUUAGUGUUGAUUUUUUGGGCAGGCGCGAUAGCGCUGUUCUUCAAUCGUUGGGGAAAGAUUCGCAUGUUACUGCCGUAUCAACCCGAUUACAAGGAACAAUUGAAGGUUCCCGGGACUGGGGUAUGCGCAGCGGCGAACGCUGCAUACACGCAACAUCCGACUCAACACACCUGCUCUCAGCAUCUGCACUGGUCGAGCCAUCACGUGGACUCCUUGGAUAGCGGAGGUGGUUUGGGCUGGCCAAGAACCUCGAGGCCGCGAGUGAACAGCGCCAUCGACGUAGCUGGCUUCCUAUCCCAGGAAUUUUUAAGACGGCACGGUUCAACGUCGAAAUUGUGCCGGAAGGUUCGCAGUGCAGAUAAUUUACCACUUGCGUCGACGAAUCGACAAGAUCAACGAAAUUCGAAAGAGGAAGGCAUCGACGGUGAUAAAGAAUCCUUCCUGAGAUCAACACUAGAGGAGAAGUGCGAGGAUUCCGAAUCAAAGAGGCAGAGUAGCCUCGAGAGUUGUCCAAAGGAUAAUCCAGACGUUUCGUUGCUCGACCCGAAUCAUCAAUUACAGUCUUCAAGGGAUUCUCCAAUAACGUCUUCAUCGUCGUUCGUUGGUCGACGUUUCGGCGGAUGGCGAGCUGGCGGAAGUCACGAAUACGUCCGGUGUCCUAUACGACAACCUGCUUCCAUGGAUGAGCGGUGUUUUCGGCGAUCUGGCGAUGCCGACGCUCGCUUACCCCGUUAUCAUCAUUACCAUCGACGUGCCGGGAUCGAACGGCACUCAAAGAGCUGCGACUACUCAAGACAUACGCCCGAAUCGAGCAUCGAGGUGCAACACUUUGGUCUGCCUAUACUUAGCGUCAGCGAGCCUAGUCCACCAGACGAAAACGACCGAGUGGACGAUUAUUUGUAGGACUUGCUUGCCGAGGACUUCUUGAAAGAGCUCCUCGUAUGAUCCUACAUGCUGAUCGCAUUACUUUGUGUGAUUUGAAAAAUCGAGUCGCGCAUCGAUUUUAGAAAGGUAAACUGAAAGACAAAUUUUCAAUCGCACAGAAAUAAUUGUUCGUAAUGUUCUUAAUGUUCUCAAUUGUACGAUGUUAAUGGCUGGAAACGAAAUUCUCUUUUAUUCGUAAUAAGUUCAAAUCGGAAUCUUUGUAACUACGAUUUUAAAAACGUGAAACGAGAGAUAAAAUGUACGGCAAAUUAAAAUGUGCAAAAUUAAAAUGCUCCAAGCGGAAGCUACGAUGAAAAAUCCAGAGAGAAAAGGUUUUUUACACGAAAGCUCGAAACAAAGUUGUUGAUUACACGACAGUAAAAUCGAAAUAAAAUGUUCCGCUAGUAUAUUCUAUCGAUUGCCGCCGAUAAUAUUCAAAUCUCGCAGUUUUACAUGCAAACUCGAAACGAGAUGUUCUACCGCGAAGCGUUAUCGAUCGCUAUCCGUGAUACGGAUUAUGCGGCUUUGCGCACAUAUCGGAGAUAAAAUUUCAUCAUGCACGUAUUACCUUUGAAUUGCAUUCUGCAGAGCAAUUUUUAAUCUAAUUUACAUGGAUUGAAAUUCGCGAUAUCGGAAAUUAAAAAGCUUGAAAUUUUAAGGAAAUUCAGAUUGAGAUUCCGUUUUGAAUCGACUCGAAUACGUGUUGAAAGUAAUUACGAACAACGUGGCGAGAUGAAAAAUUCAUCGUACAAUAUCAAUUGCGUAGAUGAUUAGUCUGCAAGGUUUCGCUUAAAAUCAGAAACUCUCUUUCUCUCUCUUUCUAAAUACACAUUCUUUGCCCCUAAUCAUUUUAAAUGUUGAUUCGUAUGCGAUAAAUCGAUAUUUAUUCCAAGAUAUCCCGUUCUAUGAUGUAGUAAAUGUUUCAUGUGACAUAUUAAUGUGGCCUGCCGUACGGCAUUGUAUCUGCCUACUUUCCUUUUCACAUACAUCCGUGCGGCCUUGUUAACUGGCAAUCGAUGUAAAACGAUUCACAGCACGGUGCAACGUACCAAAACAGUGUUAUUUGCAGACGUCUUUUACGCAAAAUUAAUAUUACGUAAUCUAUCGAUCACAGAUAUCAAAACAUUCAGGUGCCGUAUAAGAGUCGUAUAAACUCGCUAUUUUAGAAGAUGAUGCGUUUUGUUAUCUCGUUAACGAGAUUUUACGAAUUUUUAUCGUUAUUUUACCGUAUUAUCGUUUGGAUUAAACGUGUAUGCUAAGAAUACAUGUGAAUGAUAUGAUGAAAAUAUUAAGUAAAAUAUGACUGACAUCUGAAGUGUUUAAGAAAGAAAAAUGGUAGGAACAAUACACCAAAGGAUAUAAAAGAAAAUUCAAGAUAUUAAUUAUAUAAGUAUUUUAUUACGUUACAUUUGAUAUGAACGGAGGAUUUCUUCGAUUUCUUUACAUAUUAGUUAAUAAUUAGGAAGAAAGGUAGCGAAAAAGAUGGGAAUCCGAAAGUUGUAAGUUUCCAAUUUCGUAUAUCGAUAUAAUGAAGUUUUACAUAUCUAAAAACAAUUGAUAUACACGUUCGAAUUGAAAUUCUCGGAGUAAAAUAUGUAUAUCAUUGUGAUAAAAGUGUAAACGAGAUAUUUAGAAUUAUACUCUUGCAAUUAAUCACGUGCGUCUCACGACAAACAUAACACUCUAUAUUCGAAUUCCCGUAGUUUAAGAGAAUCUUAUUUUUAUCAGUGUUCAAAAAAAAAAGAUCGAGCAGAGUCAAUAUUACACACCUUAUUAGAGAGCAUAUAAUGACCUCAAGUAUAACGUUACGUGAACCGUUCGUCUUUCCGUUUAAUAAAACUUAAGCAACGACCUAGCGAAGAUACAUUUCUGCAGCCCGAAUGUUAAAUAAAUGUGCAAAUUCCUAAACUUUCUUUUCCUCUAAAUGAAUAAUUUUCCAAGUUAAAAUUAAUUAUGAAUAAUGCGUGUAUUUUACACGCGUACCGAUUUACGUUGAAACGAACGUAAUGUGUAAUAAGUAUAACUUUUCGAAAUAAUUCUCAUGAACUUCAGGUACCUUUCUUAUUCUAACUUGUUCACUCGGUCUUCUGUUUUGUAAAAUCGAAAUCUGAAUUUUAUCGGAUAUGAACGAAUAAUCGGAGCAAUAGAAUAAAAACGAAGGGAAAAUUUGAAAUUUGCACGAUUAUUACCAAUUAUCGAAAUCCAUUCUUACUCAGCAACGACAGAUUGUGAAAUAUGUGCGACAGAUUCAAGUACUUGCCCGUAUUAUCUUGAACAUCGAAAAUCAAGAACGUAUCCAUUAGGUUCGUAGGAAAUUUAAUUGAAGUAUUUUAUUAUUUAUUACACAAGGUAUUUUCGGACCAAUCAGUAUGAUAAAAAGGGGGCCAUAAUUUCUUCAGCCUGACAUUCAAUUUUUGUAACAUUAAAAUACUUGUGACUUGUACGCGUAAGGAGAACAUUAUGUUUGCAUAUUGAUUAGUAUCUUUUAAAUCUUCGUUUAAAAUGUACGAAUCUUAUGAUCUUGUUUACGUAAGAAGCUUACUUUAGUAUACGAUAACUUAUUCGUUUUAAUUAUACCGAUAGAAAACAAUAUUGUCAAAUUCGGGGACCAAUAAAUAGUUAUAAAGAUACAACAACAAAGUGAUUAGCAUUAUUUUUGAAUAUCUCUUGGUUAUUCGUCAAUUUUCUUUAUAUUGCGUUUCAUUUGAUUUACAUAUAUUAAUUUUCUUUAUUGGCAAUGAAAUAAAACGGUGCAUGAAUCGUAAUAAAUUUUUUUUUAAGAUUAUACCUAAAUACGUCAAUAUCGAUCAGCCACCUUUCUUCCAACCAACCUAAUGAUGUAUCCUUUUUAAAUUAUUAUUUACGAUUUGUCGAUCAACAUUUUCAAUUCUAAUCUACUCAGAGUAACACAUAAUGCCGCUUCGUUUCUACUUUUACCAAUAUAUUCAGUAAAAUAUCAUAAAUUGUACAGUUUAUACAUGGUAUUAUUAUUAGUAAUAGCGAACAUAAACGACCAACCGAAUAACAAAUUAUUUUUAAAAACAAGCAAAGAGUUGCACAUUGUAAAAUUCGAUUUCUACGAUACACGAACAUGCGAAAUAAAAAUAACGGAGUUUGUAAAUAUAACAACAAUCAUAUCUCUGCAUCGCCUUUGCCGUAAAACAGCUUUAUGUAAGAAUAAUUUCGUAAUUGCUAAUAUCUUCGAAAAUAUUCAAUCUAAUUUAUAAUUUCAAACCAAUGGAAAAUAUUUCCAUGCUAAAUAACAAAAUUUGUUUGAACUUGAAUCGCGAAUAUUUUUCUACUUGCGCUGUUUUAUGUUUCCGCGUCGCGUUUAUCGCUGUAAUUUUCACUGCGUAAUUGUAAUUUCGACUAUAGAAACAUACGACACUCGGCGUAGUCGCGCAUUACCUAUAGUAUCCUUAGUUUCUUCGCUGCAAGUGCCCAACUACGAAUGCUGUCGCACGUAUUAAUCGAACUUAUACAUAUUUUGUUUCCACUUGAGAGCGAGCGAUCACGCGACCGCUCUCAGAGGGUUGAAACAUUCUCAACGCGGUAUCCAUUUGCGGGAGAUACUCUCGAGAGCAGCUCGCUAUAGUUUUACUCUCAAAUGGACACCUAGCUUUAAGUAGAUGACUAAUAUACAAUGUACGUAUCUAUAGAUGACAUAUUAUGGCACCUAUGAAAGCAAAUCGAUAAUGUAACCUUAACUCUUCUUACGAUCACCACGGUUCUUGUAUCUUCUAACUUUUUUCGCUCAAUGAUCCGACACGAGCACUACUAUACUCGUGUACCUUCCUUCGAGAACACCUAUGUAAAUAUUCAUAAUAACUUAAAGCGUGUUACGACACAAUCAGAAUCGAAAUACGAGCGAUUUUUUUAAUUUCGUUAUAUAUGAAUGAAGUCAGGAAAUUACGCUUAAUUCUUUAUUCGAUAACAAUACGGGUGAGAGGGAAGGGUAAAUUGUUUUUCAGUACGAUUUUUUCUUCUAGUAUCGAAAGAGGAAGAAGUUACGAGCAAAUACGAAGCUUGAAAAUUAUCGAAUAAGAAACUAAGCGAUAAUAUGUAUAACAAAAGUUUAGAACCAAUGACUAAUAGUCAACGAAGACUUAUAUACAUAUAUGUAUAAUGUAUGUAUCUAUGAAUAUCUUCUAUGAUCGUACGUACCUCGUAGUGAAAGAUAUAAUCAAUAAUCCGAUAUAAAGGAUAAUAUUAUUUUUAUUCUUAAAUGCACAAGAACGUGCGAUCUUUGCGAAAGAAUUCUUAAAUGCGAAUUGUAUUAUAAGUAAAGCAGGGCUCAUGCUGAAAUACACUGUUGAUUAGUCUGAAAAGACUGUUUAAUUAAUUAUCUUGUUGAUUGCGCAGAAACAACGAACCAGUAAUACGGUACAUUUCAUAAAUAUGCCGACUACCAUAAGAAUUAAAUGAUAUAAAGUUCCCAUGAAAGAUUUCAUGUUUAUUAGAUUGCAUACGAUUACAUUAUUUUGAUAAAAAGGUACAAAGUAUUGUACGUUUCAAGAAUGUUGUGAACAUAAUUCAUUUGAAAUCGGCAUUCACCAAAUGAAAUGAAUUGUCAAUUUUGAAAAUUUACUAGUUAUAAGAAACAUGUUACUUAUAACGUUUAAAAUCAAUGUUUUAUAGUUUUUAUAUUUCAGAAUUAUUUUCCGUUUAUGCUAGUUAUAUAUUUUACAUGUUAUACUGAAAAAUGUCCAAAAAUACAACGAAAAUAUACACCGUGAAAUUACUAAGUAAAGAUCAAUAUUAAAUAUUGUAAAUCUCUUUACGUAAGAAUCCAUGGUACAACUAUUGGACUAACUAUGAAAUCACAUAACAGCAUGAGACCUGUGUCAGACAGAGAAAGAAUCAAUUACCUCCAAUAUUUAAUAAUCAUAGCUUUAAACAAAGAGACCAAGUAAGUAAAGAAGAGUUCAUAUUCUCUUACAAAGGGUCAGUUUUAAGAAAUCCCGAAUUAAGCAAUUUUUGAAA